AUGUUAGGGUACGAACGGUUCGUUUGUUGAUAAACAAGCGCAAGAUGGAGGAGGCGCCACGCGCCUCGCGGGGGGAACCUGACAAUAUCUCCACCAUACACACAGACUGGGGGCCCCUGGUGCACGUCAGGCCUGUAUUUACAACCGACUCCAAAUAUUUAAUCGCAGCAUCAGGGAGUGCUGUCAAGUUAUUUAGUACCACUAGUGGAAGCCUUCUAGAAGAACGGCAUUACCAUGAAGCUAAGGUUGUUGGAGUGGUGCCAUCCUCUGUUGAAGAGAACCAGUUUGUAUCUUGUGAUGAGAGCGGUGUGGUGUGUUUCUGGAACUUCCAGAAGAAAAAAGACAUUAAGAAAUUUGUUCUUCUGCCAAAAGAAAACAGCAUGAGGAGGGUUGCAUCGUUCAAUUAUUGUAGCAGACGUGAAGAAUUAUUUUUAUUGGUACAAAUUUGUGAGUCACAGAAGGGAAACUUGCUGAAGUUCUGCCAUCCAUUUAAGGCUAACAAAUAUUCUAAAAUGUCUACGGAUGUUUCGUUGGGGCAAAACAAGUUUGCAGUGUCACAUUGUGAGAGUUAUAUAGCCCAUGUAUCACAAGAAGGUCUUGUUGUCCUUGGAAAUGAUUGCAGUGUUGGAGGCAUUAACCGAAGAAGACACUUGGUUGGCGAUCGUAAAGUGACUUGUGUGAUCUUCCACCCUUCACAAGAUGCAAUAGCCACUGGGGACAUCACUGGACGUGUUGUUAUUUGGUAUGAAUUUAUGCGUGCCAAUCCUAUAAAAAAAGAACUCCAUUGGCAUACACAGCCAGUUGCUGAUCUUGCAUUUUCUUUCACAGGAAAGGAGUUGUACAGUGGAGGUGGGGAAUCUGUGUUGGUGAAGUGGCAGCUCUCCGAAGACCAACGGAGCUUUCUUCCUCGCCUGGGAUUGAACAUAAAAUAUGUGGCUACAGAUAUUAGGAAUAAUUGCAUUGCAACAGCUCAUGUAGAUAAUUCAUUUACCAUUAUUUCUGCAAAGGAGUACAUGGUAGAAGGGAUUAUCCAAGGCCUUGCCAUGAAUGUCGACAAUGUUGAGCCUUUCCCAGCAGGCAUAGUUUAUGAUCCAAGGACUCGAGCUGCUGUUUUGAAUGGCAGAACAGGCCAUGUUCAAUUUUAUGACUUUCAACAUUGCAGACAACUUUUCCAUUUGGAUAUAACACUGAUCAAUUACUAUACCCAAGAGAGAUAUCAGAAGAUCCACAACACAGAUGUUGAGCAUCUUGCAGUGUCUCCAGAUGGGCAUUGGCUAGCCACUAUCGAAUAUAGAGAUGACCAUCAAACCUCUUUAGAACUUCGCCUUAAAUUCUGGAACUUUAAGAAGAAAGAUCAGAAUUGGUACCUCAACACCUGUAUAGAAAUGCCACAUGAUAAGUAUGUCAAUGGCAUCACAUUCCAGCCAUCUCUAGGACCCGAACAAGCGUCGCCACUCUGUGUAACUUGUGGAGAUGAUGGCAGGUUUAAGGUUUGGCAAGAAACUGAUACCACAGAUAUAUAUGGGGAAAAAAGUUGUUGGAGUUGCUGUGGCAUAGGAUUUUAUAGACAUCUUCCAGCAACAGCAGUACGGAUGUCUCAUGAUGGCUCGCUCAUUGCUGCUGGUUUUGGGAGUAUCCUGACAUUUUGGCUGCCCUCAUCUUGCAACCUUAAAGGCACACUGUCUCAGCCAUACCUUACUGAGAAGAUCAAACAGAUUGAAUUUGGACGUGGUAAAGGAUCUGAAUCCAUAGUUGUGACUCGCACAGAGCACUGGGUUUGUGCCUGGGAUUUGUUCACUUGUACUCUCUCUUGGAGAGUUAGCAUUUGCUCCACAUGCUUAGCUGCUGAUCCACUGUCAUCCUACAUGGCUGUAUUCUCUGCGGAGUGUGAUGUUUUUGUGUUUGAGCCACGAAGUAGUGAAUUGGUAUCUUGGCAAUACAACAUUGACAAGCACCCUGCUCUCUCUGCUGUUUUUGUCCCUCACUUAAAGAAGCCUAAUUCAAAUGCCCGUUGGAAUGAACAAAGUGCAUUGAUAUAUAUCAAUAGAAAUCAGACUCUACAAAUUCUUGAAGUGAAUGUAGAUCUAAGUUCAGCCAAAGACAAGAUAGCAGGACGAGUGAGAAUGUUAGUUCAGGACACGGAGGCGUAUACAGCACCGACCCCAUUUGCUGCUCUUGUUGCCCAGACACGAGUGGCCCACAAUAAGGAAGAGAAGACCAGACAGUCAGACUCUGCUACUUUUGGGAUCCAUGUUGAAAAAUCAACAGCCCUCAUACAAGAGGUUCUGAACGAGGCACGUGUGUAUCGCCUUGACUCGUUUGCACAUCUGUCAUUGGAAUUCUGCAAGAUGAUCAUUCCUGAGGCAGUUAACAGUGAAGAAAAGCAGAUGAAAGACGAUUUUGAGUCUAAAUUGAAAGAAAGAGAAGAAUUUCAAAGAAAAACAAAGAAGAAGAUUUCCAAGGGAAAAAAGAAAAUCUUACAAAAGGUUACAAGUAGUGACUUCAGUGAUCUUAUGAGUGUGUUAACACUAUAAAGGCCUAAUACUUUA